GGGAGGCUCCCCGCGGUCUCUGUUCCGCGCUGUGACUUGCCGACCGGAGCUGUGAGCAGAGCGGGGCGAGCUCGGAAUCCGCGCCAUGGAUGCAGUGACCUAUGAGGAUGUAUAUGUGAAUUUUACUCAGGAAGAGUGGGAUUUGCUGAAUCCUUCCCAGAAGAGUCUCUACAAAGAUGUGAUGCUGCAAACCUGCAGGAACCUCAUUGCUAUAGGCUACAAAUGGAACAACCAGAAUAUUGAACAACAUUGUCAAAGUUCUGGAAAACAUGAAAGGUAUAUCAUCUAUCACGCAGAAUACAAGCCAUUUGAGCAUAAGGAGCAUGGAAAGAUGCAGUGUGCCUCUCCCUCUCCUACUACUGUUAGAAGAUAUAUAGCAGUCCCUGCUACGAGUAGACUUUAUGAAUGUGACAUGAAUUUACAAGCACUUGGUGUUCCAACUACAGUGGGAAUGCAUCAACAGACUUACAAUGGAGAAAAGCUUUAUGAGUACCAGGAAUGUGGGAAUUCUUCUGUUUAUCCUGGUUCACUUUGUAUAUGUAAUGUGAAUCACACUAUAAGAAAAUGUUAUGAAUGCACUCAGUGUUGUAAAGCUCUGAGUUCUCUUCAAAGACAUGAAAAAACUCAUCUGGGAAAAAGAAUUGAUAAACGUGAGCCAUGUAUUAAAGACUUUAACCAUCACAGGUAUCUUCAAACACACAAAAGAGCCAAUAAUGAAGAGGAUCCCUAUGAAUAUAAUCAAUGUGAUAAAGCCUUUGGAUCUAAUUCUUCCUUACACCAAAGACUUCAUUUGGAAGUAGCUCCCUAUAAAUAUAAUCAGUGUGUAAAAGACUUUGUACAUCACAGUUGUCUUCAAGUAUGCAGAACUCAUACUAAAGAGAAACCUUAUGAAUGUAAUCAGUGUGGUAAAGCCUUUGCAAGUCACCAUAAUCUUAAAAUACAUAAAAGAAUUCACACUGGAGAGAAACCCUAUGCAUGUAAUCAAUGUGGUAAAGCCUUUGCAUAUUUCACCAGUCUUCGAAAUCAUGAAAAAAUUCAUACUGGAGAGAAACCCUAUGGAUGUAAUCAAUGUGGUAAAGCCUUUGCAUGUCGCAGUAAUCUUCAAAUAGCUCAUUUUAUGAAUCUAUCUCAUCUGGAUCUAGUGGUGUAUUUUGGAGACAUACAAGUGGAUCUUUCUGGGUUUGAGGCUAUCUUGUUCCACACGCACCCACAUCAGAUGCCUCAGAACUACCUGAAGUUCCAGGUCCAAAUGGUCUGA